CUCCAUGUCGAUCCUUACUAUGUCGAAGGCUCAACCACAUACUCGCAAUGCCAUCGCAAACCACCCACUCUGGCAACAUCACCGCAGCAGCACACUGGCCGCUACGGCGUGGCCGAGGCCAAAUGUGAUUCGCCUGUGGCCCUGAUCAAUGUCACUAGCGAGUACCUGAGGCAAAUGUGGGCCGACCAAUUGGACUUUGUCAUCUGGACCGGUGACAGCGGCCGCCACGACGGUGAUGCCGAGCUGCCGCGCACCUUUGACGAGAUCAUCGAGCAGAAUUACAUCACAGCCGCCGCCAUGCGCCACGCCUUUAAGCAGCACCGUAUCCCCAUUGUGCCCAAUAUCGGCAACAACGACAUUAGCCCACAUAAUGAGCUUGGCGAGCCUGGACACAAGCGUGCCAAGAAGACAUUUAAGCAGCUGGCGGAUGCCUGGGAUGGGUUUAUUCCGCAGAACCAGCUGGCGACCUUUCUGCACGCCGGUACUUUGCCCACGAUGUGGUUGACUACGACCACCCAAAGUCCGCUCUUGAACACGAUCUACUGGUACCGCGCCAAUGCCAAGGUCGGCGGAUGCCGCGCUGAGGACUCGCCCGGGCUCGAGCAGCUCGCGUGGAUCCGGUACCAGAUACGGCGCGCGAGGCAGCGCAACCGCGAUCUGAUCCUGAUGGGCCACGUCGUGCCGAGCCGCGACAACUACCGCCCCACAUGCUACCACGGCUAUGCGCGCACAGUCACACAGGUGAUCCCACCACCACCACUGGCCGGCGAGAAGCGCGCGGAUGCAGCAGAUUAUUUUGGUGCUGGCGGCGACAACGACAGGAAAAGGACCUGCCACUGGUGCAUGCGCAGUUGUUUGGCCAUAGCAACGUUGACGUGUGGUCGUUUGUCGGCCAGGAGAUUGAGUGGGUUGCAUCGAAGCUGCCGCUAG